AUGUCUUCUAAAGGAUUCUUGAGCGGUCAUGGUCGACAGUCGAGAGAGGAAAAAGAAUUCUACGAAUUAAAGAUAAAAGCAGCUGAAUACUUCGGAGCAAACGCUAUUUCACAGAAGCUAGAGGCUGCUCUAAAUGAGGCGUUUUUCGAACAGCCAAACGACAUUCACGGUUAUCUGGCAAACUACUUCUCAAAGCUUUCCUCCUCUCCUGUGAUCAGUAGGAUUUGGGGAAAAGAGAUUUAUAAUGGCAGAGGCCAGUUGACAGUUCAAGCAGAGGUAUACUGCAUCAUCAAAAAUGAGGAGAAGAGUAUAUGUUCUGCUGUGAUACCCAGUGACUGCCGUGCCCUAAAGGACAGCUCUCAGGAGUCGGGGGAGGGGAUUCCUAAUGGUGCCAAGCAAAAUCAGUCAGUGUCGACUGCACUCCACUGGAUCAACCAACCUCUGUGCAAGAUGUUAAAGGGCCUUGACCCCACAGAUCAGACAGCUGUGGAUAAAUUAUUGAGUGAUUUCUUCAUGGAACGCUACUUGGAGAACCUAGAUGUUAGUAACAAGGAAGAAGAAGAAGAGAAGGAGCUGAGAGAACCGGAGCCUGAACCUUCUCCCCCCCCCGCACCUUCCAAAGACAAGAAACAUAAGGACAAAGGCAAAAAGAGGAACAGCAAGGAGAAGCCUGAGCCCUCUCUAACCCCUCCAGACCCUCCAGUGUCCGUGGUGCCUGGCUGUAUGGCUGUGGGUGCAGUGUCCUUGGCUGUAGCCAAGACUGCAGCACUGCUAAUGGAUACUCCCCUCUACAAACAUAUCUCAUCUCUGAGAGGCCUACAGGCACUGAGUCCACUUCACAUGCCUAUACCCAUGAUCACACUGCUGAGCUGUGGCAAAGCAUCUCCAGGAAAGCUCAAUUUAAUGGAUGAGGUUAUUCUCGUUCCCGGAGCUGGACAAAGAGCCAAACAGGUCAUUGCAAUGUGUCUUGAGCUUCAGGAAGAGGUGAGAAGGAUACUGAGCAUAUCUUCAGAGAAGGGGCCUGUUUUAGUGGGUUUAUCUGAGAGCGGCUCUAUACAAGGUGGAUACGAUCAUCCUGAACAGCCGUUGGAUCUAAUUACUGAAGCCUCAAACAACCUCGGGCUUGCGUUAGGAGAGGAACUGUGUUUGGCAGUAAACUGCGCAGCUCAUGAGCUAAUGGACUAUCCAAGAGGAAAAUAUGAGGUCAUGAAUGGAACUCCAAAGUCUCCAGAUGAACUAGUGGAUAUGUACAUAUCUCUGAAGAGUAAAUACCCAGGACUGAUGGCCCUAAUUGAUCCUUUUCGAAAAGAGGAUGUGGAGCAGUGGGAGAAACUGAGUGCUGCCAUUGGUACGUCAUGCUGCAUUCUUGCAGACAAAGCAGCCGAACAGCCCACGUGUAGCUCAACUGAGGCCAGACCCAAUCUCCCAGGUGUUAAAGGGGUCAUCUUAAAACACAGUGAUGAAACAACUGUCACUGACCUUUUAAACCUCAUAAAGGAACAUACAGGAGGAUUGUCGAUAUUGAGUGUAAGCUACGGUGAGGCCUGUGAUGACUCCCUGUCAGAUAUGGCUGUUGGACUGGGCGUCACCUAUCUCAAACUGGGAGGUCUCAGUGGUGGAGAACGAGCAACUAAAUACAACCGUCUGAUUUGUAUAGAGGAAGAAUUGGCCCAACAGGGGAUACUGGGAACUGUAAUAUGA